GAAAGGACGCAAUUGUCAAUUUCCAUUGUUCAAAGCCAUGUUCAAAGCGCUGAUUGUCCUCGGUCUUGCCGCACAAGCCGCCGCGUUCCCGAGCUUUGUCGCCCAGGUGCCAAACGGCGAUAAAGUCGCCGGCGUGGGGGCCAUUGGUCACGUCAACCCGGCGGGCGGCGGCGCGCGCAAUGCGUUCGGCCAGGCCUUCUCGAGGGCCGGCACCAAAUGGACGCCUGAGCUGUGCCAAGCCGAUUCCGACGGUGACGGCGCCACGAACGGAGAAGAGCUCGGCGAUCCGUGCUGCACAUGGAAAGUUGGCGCGACGUUGAGCACGACCACGGCGACCCAUCCCGGCAGAGCUGACACGUUCACCGCAGACCAGCUCAAGACGCUCAAGUGUACGACUAGUCCGUCGACGACGGCCAAGCCUCUUGUGAGUGCAGCAACGACAUCUUCAUCCGUUGUAUUUGCAGUGGCAGCCGCAGCGGUUGCCUUGUUUGUUCAAUAAAAACGAGCUCUUUCCGCUUCACGUUGGUCGUGGAUGUAGCUCGCCUCCGCAUCGCCUGCUGGAUGCGUCCUUCCUGUCACCGCCGACGGAUGGAGAAGCAGAAAUGGGUAUAAGCA